GGAAACAUCAACAAAAUGAUAAUCUAGCAGUUAAAGAGGAUAUAUUAUCGAGAUUUCUGGAUGCGGGCAAGAAGGAACCUGAAGAGAUGAAUGAUCGAUACUUAAGAGACAUAAUUCUCAACUUCAUGAUUGCUGGAAAGGAUACAUCAGCAAAUACUCUGUCAUGGUUCUUCUACCUGCUAUGCAAGAAUCCACAAAUACAAGACAAAAUCGAACAAGAGAUCAAAGAAAUAGUCGGUUGGGAAGGCAAUGUAGAUGAAUUUAUAGAACGGGUAACCGAGGAAGUGCUUCAGAAAACACAUUACCUUCAUGCGACACUAACCGAGACACCGAGGCUUUACCCUGCUGUUCCUGUGGAUGGGAGGUGUGCUGACAAUGAUGAUAUUCUUCCUGAUGGAUAUGAAGUGAGAAAAGGUGAUGGAGUUUACUACAUGGCUUAUGCAAUUGGCAGGAUGGAAAGCAUUUGGGGGUGAAGAUGCGACAGUGUU